AUGGAACCUCAAAUCAAUGACCUUCAGAUUGAAUCCCGGGUCCGUGAGUUAUUCGAUUUCACGGUUUGUACAAACCAUAUGUCCUCUACAAUCUACCAGUGUCCCAAUGACCACACCGAAGAGCUCGAUAGUGAGAACCCUGAGAAGAAACCGUACAAUUGUCCUUACUCUGGAUCCAAAUGUACACUCACAGGUGAUAUUCAAUGGCUGCUUCCGCAUCUAAGGAAUGAUCAUCAUGUAGAAAUGCAUGAUGGGCGUAGUUUCAGUCAUCGAUAUGUCCAUCAUAAUCCAAAACAUCUUCAUCAUGCUACUUGGAUGUUAACUCUUCUGGAUUGUUUUGGCCGACAGUUUUGCUUAUACUUCGAAGCAUUUCACCUGCUGAAAACGCCAAUGUACAUAGCUUUCAUACAGUUUAUGGGAGAUGAAGAAGAAGCAACGAACUUCAGCUACACUUUGGAAGUCAGUGGCAAUGGCAGGAAGCUAACGUGGCAAGGCGUGCCUAGAAGCAUUCGAGAUAGUCACAAGACGGUCCGCGAUAGCCAAGACGGGUUAAUCAUCACUCGCAAAUCAGCUUUGUUCUUCUCUACAGACAACAACAACAAGGAACUGAAGUUGAAGCUUUCAGGUCGUCUAUGGAGAGAACAUACACACUGA